ACCGCUCCGAGCGAUAUUUCAAAGUCUUCGCACGAAUGCACAGUUUCUCUUUCCCUCAAUUCGACUUCAAUGGCCAGAACCGAUAAGAGAGCCCGAGAAAGAAACGGCUCUUCUUCGUAUUUUCUAGGAUGUUUCGGAUUUUCUCGGGAAAAAUACUCAGACAAGGGGAUGGUUGAGACGGACAAGGGUGGUGAAAGGAAGAUGAAGAAGAAGAAGAAGAGCAAGAAGCCAAGUCGGUGGUUUUUAUGUUCUAAGUUUCGCUUCAAGAACGGCGAGAUCAAACCGGCGCCGAUAGAGGAAACAGAGAAACCGACUUCGAGCGUAGAAGAUAAAACUGAUAAGAAGAAACCCGUUCUGCUGAUAAGUCGUAUGACUGAUCGUAAGAAUAUUCCGGCUGAUGAAAAGACCGCCGUGAAUCAUGAAACAAGAGAGACAAAACCGAAGGACUUACAAGUCGUAACGACCGACCGAUCAAAACCCACUGAACCGUUGCCUUCCUCGAGAGGAGACACGUGUCCUGCACGUAUAUCCAACUCAGCCCGUUACGGGAAACCGAAGAUGAAACCGUCUCGGGAGAAAGGCGGGUCACGGGUCGAAAAGUUUGAUCCGGUGAUUGGUAUUUCAGUCAUUGUAUUGACGCUGGUGAUUAUGUUAGUUUGGGGUCGACUCUGUGCGAUUCUAUGUACAUCCGCUUGGUGUUAUUUUCUACCUCGUCUCAGAGACGCGGCCGCGUUAGCAAAACGCAAACGCAGCGGUAGCGACGGUUCCGUGUGUGCGCCGGAUUUGAAUUCAGAGUCGUAUAAAAGAAAAGUCGUUAUGGACGGGUUUCUUGGCCGGCAAAAUCGCGUUUCAUUGUCGUGACGAUUUCUUUUAUAUUAUAAUUGGUUUUGUCAAAUAUUAUUAUUUUUUUGUUUUUUUCUAAAGAUGGAUAAACAGUGUCUUCGUUUAAUAACGAUGAUUGAUCGACUGUGAAAUGGAUACAUUAAAUGGAUAGUAUAUUAUCUGUGGUCUUUUUGGAAGUCAA